GGCUAUUGUCUAUGUCAAAAGAAAAUCGUCAAAUCAUUGCGUAUUUGGGUAAUUUGAGUAUUUGUUUUAUGCACCUUUAGUUUAUAAAGAAGAAUUAUUUGAGAUAAAUAGUAACAGUGUGAAUCGGCUAUUUAAUAUUGUUGGAAAUAAGAUUAAAACAGAACGAUGAAUAUCACGUCUGCGGCAGGGAUUAUUUCCCUGCUCGAUGAGCCUAUGUCUGAAGUGAAAGAGUUCGCUCUGAAGAGGUUGGACAAUCUUGUUGACGAGUUUUGGCCGGAGAUAUCGGAAUCUAUUGAGAAAAUUGAGAUCCUGCACGAAGACAAAGUGUUCUCACAGCACCAGCUUGCUGCUCUGGUGGCGAGCAAGGUGUACUAUCAUCUUGGGGCCUUCGAGGACUCGUUGACAUACGCUUUGGGCGCCGGGGAUCUGUUCGACGUCAAUGCCCGGAACGAAUAUGUGGACACUACCAUUGCUAAAGCGAUCGACUUCUACACACAAAAGCGAAAGGCUCUGUUCGUGGACUGCGGCGCGGAGACGAUCGACCCUCGGCUGGAAGCCAUCGUGAACCGCAUGUUCCAGCGCUGCCUUGACGACGGCCAGUACCGGCAGGCGUUGGGGCUGGCGCUCGAGACGCGCCGCAUGGACAUCUUUGAGGAGGCUAUCAUGAAAUCUGAUGAUAUUCCUGGAUUGCUUCAGUAUGCCUUCCAAGUGGCCAUGAGCCUCCUCCAGAACCGCGGCUUCCGCAGCACAGUACUCCGGUCUCUCGUCGGACUCUACAGAGGCCUCAACAUCCCGGAUUACGUCAAUAUGUGCCAGUGCCUCAUCUUCCUUGAAGAUCCUCUAUCAGUUGCAGAAAUUCUGGAUAAGUUAACUCACGGUCCCCAGGAAUCGGUUCUGAUGGCAUACCAAAUAGCUUUUGAUUUGUAUGACUCAGCAACCCAACAGUUUCUUGGUAGAGUAUUGCAAGCCUUGAGGAGCACGGCGCCGGUGCCCAGCGCACUCGGAGGCAAACCUCAGCCACAGGGCGGACCAUUCCCAGAGACUGCCAUGGAAGUUGAUCAGCCACCACCUGAAGAAUCUAAGAAACCGGAAAGAGAUAUUGAUAGUUUAAGUGAAGAGGAAAAGGAACACCAAAAGAGGGUAGAGAAACUGAUUUCUAUUUUGGGUGGUGAUGUGUCCAUUGGUUUACAAUUACAAUUCUUGAUUAGAUCGAAUCAUGCUGAUCUACUUAUUUUGAAAAAUACUAAAGAUGCAAUUAGGGUCUCAAUUUGUCACACAGCGACAGUGAUAGCUAACGCAUUCAUGCAUGCUGGUACUACCAGUGAUCAGUUUCUGAGAGACAACUUGGAGUGGUUGGCGAGAGCGACAAACUGGGCCAAACUGACAGUAACAGCUUCACUGGGCGUCAUUCACAGAGGACAUGAGAGCGACUCAUUAGCUCUCAUGCAGUCUUAUCUACCCAAAGAGACUGGACCUUCCUCGGGUUACUCCGAAGGCGGCGGUCUGUACGCCCUCGGUUUGAUACACGCGAAUCACGGUGCAAAUAUUAUCGACUAUCUUUUAACUCAAUUAAAAGACGCCCAAAACGAGAUGGUGCGACACGGAGGUUGUCUCGGUCUUGGAUUGGCCGCCAUGGGAACGCACAGGCAGGACGUGUAUGAGCAACUUAAAUUCAAUCUGUAUCAAGACGACGCCGUGACGGGCGAAGCCGCCGGCAUCGCGAUGGGGAUGGUGAUGCUGGGGUCGCGGCACGCCGCGGCCAUCGAAGACAUGGUCGCGUACGCGCAGGAGACGCAGCACGAGAAGAUCCUACGCGGGCUGGCGGUGGGCAUCGCCUUCACCAUGUACGGGCGGCUCGAGGAGGCGGAUGCCCUGGUGCAGCAGCUGCUGCGCGACAAGGACCCGCUGCUGCGGCGCGCCGGCUGCUACACCGUGGCCACGGCCUACUGCGGCACCGGCAACAACGACUCCAUCCGCACGCUGCUGCACGUGGCCGUGUCCGACGUCAACGACGACGUGCGUCGCGCCGCCGUCACCGCGCUUGGCUUCCUAUUGUUCCGCACGCCCGAGCAGUGUCCCUCCGUGGUGUCGCUGUUGGCGGAGUCCUACAACCCGCAUGUGCGCUACGGCGCGGCCAUGGCUCUCGGCAUCGCGUGCGCCGGUACCGGCAACCGCGAAGCUAUAGGCCUUCUCGAGCCGAUGGUCAAGUUCGAUCCGGUUAAUUUCGUGAGACAGGGCGCCCUCAUCGCCUCCGCUAUGAUACUCAUCCAACAGACUGAAGCCCUAUGUCCUAAGGUGACGUACUUCCGACAGUUAUAUGCACAGGUGAUUUCGAACAAACACGAAGACGUGAUGGCUAAAUUUGGUGCGAUUAUGGCGCAGGGCAUUAUCGAUGCCGGCGGUCGCAACGUGACGGUAUCUCUGCAGAACAGAACAGGACACAUGAACAUGUUGGCGGUGGUCGGCAUGAUGGUGUUCACCCAAUACUGGUAUUGGUUCCCCCUCGCGCACUGCCUCUCGCUCGCGUUCACGCCGACCUGCUUGAUCGCCCUCAAUUCAGAGCUGAAGAUGCCUCAGCUGGAGCUGAAGUCCAACGCGCGCCCCUCCCUAUACGCGUACCCGGCGCCCCUCGAGGAAAAGAAGCGCGAGGAGCGCGAGCGGGUCACCACCGCCGUGCUGAGCAUCGCGGCGGCGCGCGCCCGCAGGCGUGCGCAUGCGCCCGACGGCUCCGCGGGCUCCGGCGGCUCCGGCAGCGUCUCUUCCGCCUCCAAGAUGGACGUGGACGACGACGACAAGAAGCCUUCCAAGUCCCCCAACCCCAACAUCACCGUGCACGGCAAGUCGGACAAGGAGGCAAGUGCCACCAAAGACGGCAAGAAGGAAGAUAAGGAGGGCGAGGAGAAGGAGACGAAGGAGAAGAAGGAGCCGGAGCCCGCUUUCGAGAUGCUGAGCAACCCGGCGCGCGUGAUGCGGCAGCAGCUGAAGGUGGUGUCCAUCGCCGAGGGCGCCGGCUUCUCGCCGCUCAAGGACGUGAGCAUUGGCGGCAUCGUCAUGCUGAACCACUCGGGCGAUGGCGAGCAGCUGCUAGUGGAGCCGGUGGCCGCCUUCGGGCCCAAGGCAGAGGAGGAGAAGGAGCCCGAGCCUCCGGAACCUUUCGAGUAUCUCGACGAUUGAUACUGCAUUUUCGAAUAGUUACGCGUCUGACGACCUAGAUAUAAUAAUCUAUAGGAAUGUAAUAAAUUAAAUAUAUUGAACACCUACGAUGCUAGAAAAUGCAUAUAUGUAUAUUCUAAUCCUAUUAUAAUUUUUGCCUAAUAAAUAAAA